AUGUAUAUGAUUAACCGCCAGCACACUUGUUCAGUUCAACACCUGCAAAACGAACGUGCAGUUGUCCGGAAAACAGCAUGGUAGAAGGACAAAGUCUGGUUAUAUCAAUCGAAUAAUUUACCUGUUCUCAAAUACCACAACACGAGCUAAACAAUAGCCUAAAAAACACAGCACGAUCCCUGAAAGCACAAGCAGCAUGUCCCUGACGAAAGCAGCUUUACAGGCAGGAAUGUUGAGCAGAUUUCACAGAAGUGUAGGACAAGUCUCCCUCUGCGCGGUGGCGAUCCGGUCCCCUCCGGCCGCUUCCACCUCAGGACCUCGAUUCUCUACAGCUGCUCCUCUCAAGAUGAAUGUACCACAGCCAGAAUGCUUGCGAAAGCCCCUGAAUGUCCCAUCAAAACUCCUGAUGGGACCAGGCCCUUCCAACAGUCCUCUGCGUGUGCAUUAUGCUAUGAUGAAACCUCUCUUAGGACAUCUGCAUCCGGAGUUUACUCAAAUCAUGGAUGAAGUUAAAGAAGGGUUGCGGUACAUAUUUCAAACAAAGACGGAGGUUGUGUGUUGCGUGAGUGGCACAGGACAUGCCGGCAUGGAGACCACUAUGUGUAACCUCUUGGAGCCUGGCGACAAAAUUCUCAUUGCACAGAAUGGCAUUUGGGGAGAGAGAGCGGCUGACAUGGCCAGGAGACAUGAUGCUGAUGUACGCAUUAUCGAGAAGCCAGGAGAUACCUUUACCCUAGAGGAGCUAGAUGCUGCCCUUGCUCAACACAAACCUGCUGUCCUCUUUAUGGUCCAGGGAGAGUCAUCAACAGGUGUCUUGCAGCCGUUAGAGGGAGCAGGAGCUUUGUGUAGAAAACAUGGUGCCCUGCUUGCUGUAGACUGUGUGGCAUCAUUAGGGGGUGUGCCUUUUUACAUGGAUGCUUGGGAUAUUGAUGUGGUCUACACAGGAACCCAGAAAGUGAUAUCAGCACCACCUUCCAUGGCUCCAAUUGCAUUUAAUGACAGGGCGAUGACUAAAGUACGGACCAGAAAGACUCCAAUCAGAAGUUUCUACUCCGACAUGACUUGGCUGGCCAACUACUGGGGCUGUGAUGGCACACCUCGCAAAUAUCAUCACACGGGCCCAAUCAGUGCUGUGUAUGCUCUCCGGGAAGCUCUAGCAAUAGUCUGCGAAGAAGGCCUAGAAUCUCUGUGGUCAAGACACGAAGCCUGUGCCAAGAAGCUUCAUGAAGGUCUAGGUGCCCUUGGUCUAGAGAUGUACGUGUCGGACCCCAAGAAGAGGACUCCCACAGUGUCGACUAUCCGUGUUCCUGAAGGGGUCGAUUGGACUAGAGUCACCAAGUACUUUAUGUCAAACUACCUAGUUGAGAUUAGUGGUGGACUUGGCCCAUCAGCAGGAAAAGUGUGGCGUGUUGGUCUCAUGGGCUACAACUGUACACCUGAGAAUGUAGAUUUGGUGCUCAGGAUAAUGAAGAGGCUCUUGCAGAUGCCACAGGCAAAUCCCAAAAGUCAAAGAUAUAGAAAAAACAGCCAUUGAACAGCAAGUACUUGUCCAAAGUUAUUGUGGUGCUCUGGAUACAUGAGUAGCUGCUCAAGAACACUGAAAACAUCAAAACUUAUUUGUGACUUAAUGGACUUCAUGGAUACUUUAUAUUGGGUUGAGUGAUUUGCUCAAAGAAAAUUGUUGUUACCUGUUUUUUUCCUUUUUUAAAAAGAUAAAUGAAUUUAGCCUAUUUUAGAUGUGCUUUAACUCUUGCUGGUUAAGGUUUGCUUGGGCAGCUUGUUAUACAUCACAAUUGUACAAAAUUCUUUGCAAGAAAUAUUGGAAGGUAUGAAUGAGAAUGAAUAAAUUCCAGGUAGCAAGGUAUAAGUUUAAAAUUUUCAUAUUAAAUUGAGUUUCUUAAUUCUGGUCCAGGUUUAAUGUUGAAAUGUUUACAAGAUAAUUCAUUCUCAUUCUUAACGAUUUUUAUCACAGUUGUGAAAAUUAUGGUGAUAGUUUUAUUUGUAAAUGAUAUGGCUGUUUUGUAUGCCUUAUAUAGUGUUUGAAUGUAUACUUUUGCCAUUCCAAUCAGAAUUCAACUGCCAAGUUGAAUUUCUUUUUAGUUUUUUAUUUGAUAUAUUUGAUUGAAAUUUGACUGCUAAUAAUGUCAAGAGAACAUUAUCAGAGAACCUAUAUUUUUUGAGAAAUGUUAAGUAGUUACAGAGUCUAUUUUUAAUACAUUCCCUAAGCUCUGUUCACUUCUAUAUAGAUUACUUGUAGUCCAGUUUUGUGGACAUUUCACAGGAUUUCAAUUAUAUUAGUUUUGAUAAUUAGAAUUUUAUUGUUGAAAUUGUUGUUGUUUUUUACAUUGCAGUUACCUAUGAAAUGCUAAUAAAAGUUUUAAUACUC